GCUUCCAUUUGGUCGAAAACCCUCGCGAAUCUGAGAUCCCGAAGCGGGCGCUCGCGGCGAGCUGGUUCUCGAAAACCCUAGAGGGAGAGAAGGGGACCCGCGGCGGCGGCACAUGGCGAUCAUUUCCGACUUCCAGGAGGACGAGGCUCCGCGGCAGCAACAGCAGCAGCCGGCGGCGGCGGGCGGCGACGAGGAGGUCCUCGCGGCGGUGCUGGAGCGGAAGGGCGGCGCGAUCCCCUUCCUCCAGGCGGCAAUCGACGUCGCGAGGCGGCGCUCCGACCUGUUCCGGGACCCCUCCGCGGUGAGCAGGGUCUCGGCCUUGGCGUCGGCGGCUAGGGCGCAGGUGGAGGCGGAGGAGAGGAAGGCGAGGGAGGCCAAGAGGAAGGCAGAGGAGGCGGAGAGGAAGGCGGCCGAGGCGGAGAGGAAGGCGAAGGCGCCCGCGGAGGUGAAGCCGGAGAGCUCGGUGGCAGCGGAGCCGGAGAGCUCGGCGGGGAAGGAUGGCAUGGAGGUGGAGAAGGAGGAGGGGAACGUGCGGAAACCAAAUGCUGGCAAUGGUCUUGAUUUGGAGAAGUACUCUUGGACUCAGCAAUUGCCAGAGGUUACUAUCACUGUGCCUGUUCCUCAAGGAACAAAGUCAAGGUUUGUCGUCUGUGAUAUUAAGAAGGAGCAUCUGAAGGUUGGUUUGAAGGGUCAGCCUCCUAUUAUCGAGGGUGAACUUUACAAACCAGUUAAAGUUGAUGACUGCUUCUGGAGCAUAGAGGAUGGAAAAUCGCUGUCCAUUCUGCUGACAAAGCAAAAUCAAAUGGAGUGGUGGAAAUCUGUAGUAAAGGGUGAGCCUGAAGUUGAUACACAAAAGGUAGAACCAGAGAACAGCAAACUCUCUGAUUUGGAUCCAGAGACUCGACAAACUGUUGAGAAGAUGAUGUUUGAUCAACGCCAGAAGCAGAUGGGUCUUCCAACAAGUGAUGAAAUGCAGAAGCAAGAAAUGCUCAAGAAAUUCAUGGCUCAGCACCCGGAGAUGGACUUCUCAAGGGCGAAAUUAGCUUAGAAAAUGUUCAAUCAGAUCGUACCAGCCGUGUGGAGAUAUUACAUUCUGUUUCGUGCUAAAUUGUGGUUAGCGGGUUCAUCUGUGAUACUGGCUUAACAUCAUUUUGUGUUCUUCAGAAGCGUAGUUAUGAACUACUGUGCUGUUUACUGAACCUUUGAAUGGCAUCAGUUGUUAAAUUGACGAGAACCGAUAGUAAAUCAGUUGCAUCC